CUCCAUCCCCACAAAUCUUCCACAGCCCAACCCAACCAUCGAUCCAUCCAGCUCCAGCGCUCCACACACAGAGAACAAAGAACAAACACCAUCAACAAAGACAACUUCUUGAUCUUGCAUCGAUGGCGGCGCAGCAGGAGAGACAGCAGCAGCAGGGACAGUCAGUGGGGUUCGAGGACUACCUGCCGGUGAUGGCGGAACGGCUGGGGGAGGAAGGGCUGAUGCAGGAGCUUGCCGCGGGGUUCCGGCUCCUCAUGGACCCGGCGUCGGGGCUCAUCACCUUCGACAGCCUCCGCCGCAACGCGCCGCUGCUGGGGCUGGGCGCCAUGUCCGACGCCGACCUCCGCGGGAUGCUCGCCGAGGGCGACUUCGACGGCGACGGCGCGCUCAGCGAGAUGGAGUUCUGCGUCCUCAUGGUCCGCCUCAGCCCGGAGCUCAUGGACGAGCCCAGGCGCUGGCUCGACGACGCCGUCGCCCAGGCCUCACAGUUCCUCUUCACCUCCUAGAGACUGAUUUUUGAUUUUCUUCUUCUGCCUUCUCUCCCCUUGUUCAUAGCGUCAGGAUUAUUCGAGAAGGCACUGGCUGUUGCUGAUCGGUUGUUGGAUUCUGUCUGUUCGAUCGCUCCCGCGGGAAUCUGAAUUAAUCGACACGAGCUUCUUGUUUUUUCACCACCACAUAUACUCAGUAUACUACAUUGCCUGUUACAGUAUUA